UUACCAUGCAGCCACAUCCUGCUCACAACACACUUCCGGUGUCAGCUGUUUGCUGCAAAGGAAACCUGAAGGACAACGACGGAUUUGAGUGGUUAACAGCAAAACACUGAGCAAAAAGGCGACUCCAUUCAGCCCACAACCAGGCUGCACACAACAGAUGGCGUGUCGACGCAGUGUGGAGAAGGGACAGACACACGGUCCUAUCAUUAAAGAUGAAGAGGAGGAAGUUUGCAUCAAACAGGAGGAGACCGAUCUUACCAUUGUAGUGAAGACGGAGGACGAGGAAGAGAAACCUGACUCUUCACUGCUCUGUCGUUUGACUGGUGAACAUGUAAAACCCGGGACUGAGCAUAAUGCGGAAGACUCUUGUGCGACCGAAGACAGUGAUGACGAUGACUGGACAGAGACCGGUGAAGUGGCAAGUAAACUUUUCACAGUCACAAAAUGUGUGUUCUGGGAAACUGACGAGAACAUGCGUGAGAGCUUUUCUGGAUGUGGACAAAGAUUGAUUAAGGAAAUUCAUACAGGAGAGACACCAUUUAAUUGCUCUGAGUGUGGUAAAGGAUUCACAUUGGAAACAGAGUUAAGGAACCAUGAGAGAAAUCACAGUGAGGAGAAAACAGUUAGUUCCACUAAAGGUGGAAACAGAUUGAUUGAAACAGGAAAAGUGAACAAAUCUGAGCGAACACAUACAGGAGAGAAGGUUUUUGAUUGCUCACUAUGUGACAAAAAAUUUGACAGUAGGACAACUCUGAUGAGACAUGAGAGAAUUCAUACAGGAGAGAAACCAUUCAGCUGCUCACAGUGUGGUAAAACAUUCGCUGCCAAGGGUACGUUAAAAGCCCAUGAGCGUGUUCACACAGGAGAGAAACCAUUUGGUUGUUCUUACUGUGGGAAAAAAUAUGCCCGCAUUGCACGUCUCAGGGAUCAUGAAAGAUAUCAUACUGGAGAGGAACCCUUCAGUUGCAUAUAUUGUGGGAAAACGUUUAUAUUAAAAGGCACACUAAAACAACAUGAGAGAAUGCACAGGGUCAAUUAAUUUAUUUAAACUAAAUGUGGUCAAAUAUUUACAUCAGCAGCAGAUUUGAGGUGUCAUGGAAAGAUUCAUAGCAGAGAGAAACCAUUUAGUUGUUUUUUACAAUUUAUAAUAAAAAGCAAUUUCUUGUAUUUGCUCAAAAUGUGGUAAAAGAUUUGAAAAAAACAACUAAUAGUUCAUGAAGAAAUCGAUUCAUUGAACAAACUUUUGUAAAAUAUGUUUCACUUGGAUUUUAUGUGAAUCGGGAGAUUCCAAAUAAUUUAUUGUAGAUGGUCAACCUUUGGAGAAGGGUGAACUGUUGAAAAACAUAGCAUCAUCGUUGAAUUUUAUAAAUAGAUUUAAAUAUAGAACAGUUAGGUUUAUUUGCAUUUAUUUAUACAUUUUGUUUAUGAGAAUGGGUAACUAUUGUACAUAGGUAAAUUUUUAAAAUAUGUUUAUGUUUGUACAAUAGUUUUUAUUCAGGAAGUUGUAUAUUCACACAAAUGUGUUUUGGUUUUCCUUUCUUUGAUAAUUUUCCAACUGUUUUUGUUAAAACACUGAUUCACCACCAGGGGCACACAGACCCCUAGUAUCAAGGGCGUUGCCUACAGUUUGUGUAUAUUUUGACAUUUGUUAUUGUUAAAUGUAAAUGUCUGCUCCUAAUAAAAAUGUUUGCCUUUGUUAUACAUUUGUUGAAUUUAAUAUAUUGAACUAGCCGACAACACAACUGUAUUUGUACAAGACAAACACAAACUCCAAUAACUAAAAAAAAUUCUCCAAAGCCUCAGGGUUUGAACUAUUUGAAAUUCAUGAUACAUUUUUAAAAGACAUUGCAAUAUACCUUUCAAAAAUACAAACAACAAACAAGUGCUUGAAUGUAAAAAAAAAUAAAAGUGAGUAAAGACAAAUUAAAUUCAUGAAUUAAUUUAAAAUGUAUAUGAAAUAUAAUAUCUAACAGGAAUGAAGGCACAUAAAUUAUAUGACAACUUGUGGGGGAAAUUGGCGGGCUUCUUC